AUGUCUUCAAUGCAAGCGGCCAUAGUCGAGGAGAUCCUCAUUCCCAACCAGCACCCCGACACGAUCGGUAUGAUGGUGAACUGGUGUUAUCGAAAGACUGUACCGUCCGUCUUACCACAUUUGCUGGCCAAUCCGUAUUCUGUCGAGGAGGUCCCGGACAUUCCGAACCUCCUGCCCCUCCGCCAGCUUGACAAAGAAUCAGACCAGGAUGGGUCCUAUGUUCAACACCAGGUGCUUACGGAAUGUCUCGGUGGCAACGUAACCACAGGGGCUACGAGAGAUGUCUCUUUUGAAGAGUUCAGACUCAUGAAGUACAAUGAAAUGGUCGACCCUGCGAUUCGGAGAUCCCAGGCCACCUACCAGAACACGGAAGAGAUGGAAGAGGCGGAAGACACGCUUUUGGAGGUGGAAGGACCGAGCGAAAAAGCAAUACGGGACGCCAUGACCAAAUAUCUCCAAGACGAAGGCGUGCCGGUGUUUGAGGCAAGCGAAGGACGCGUAGAAGCAGAGAUUCUACAAAUCAAGCUUGUCCGACUGGCCAUGUUGGCCACCAAGUACCGCUGGAAGCGGCUCCUGGACGACACACUGUUGGCAUACGCCAAGGGUAAGACUCUGUUCGCUCGCCGUUUCCCUGUUCCACGUCACAUCGAGCUGGCCUACUCUGUCAACAGAGGCUUGCCGCGUCUAAGGAUAUUCAUGGCCAAUUACGCCGCUGUUUUGACCAAGGAGUAUAACACCGAUGUCGAGUUGCUCAAUCUGCAUGGAAGGUGCCCAGGCUUCUUUCGGGACAACAUGAUGCGGCACACGCGCUCACCACCAAGCCGAUUAUCAGAUCCAAUUUCCAUAUCCCAUUACGAAGUGUGA